AUGUCCGCUGAGAAAAAAAUCAAAGCUUCCGACCAACUCAAGGUUUUUCUCCGCUCGGAAAAGGCAACCGUGCCCACCAAAGGCUCAGCUUUGGCUGCUGGGUAUGAUCUCUAUGCCUCUGAGGAUGCCGUGAUCCCGGCGCAAGGCCAGGGCAUGGUUGCCACAGAUGUGACGAUCAUCGUGCCAAUCGGCACAUAUGGUCGUGUGGCUCCUAGAUCGGGCCUUGCCGUGAAACACGGAAUUUCCACUGGUGCCGGUGUCAUUGAUGCCGACUACAGGGGAGAAGUCAAGGUGGUUCUUUUCAACCACGGCAAGAAAGAUUUUGAAAUCAAGGCCGGCGACAGGAUCGCCCAGUUGAUCUUGGAACAGAUCAUCAAUGCUGACAUCCAGGUCAUCACGCAAGAGGACUUGGAUGCUACAGACAGAGGCGAGGGCGGCUUUGGUUCUACCGGUAAGAACUAG